AGCAAAAUCCCUCGAUUGAGCACCGCUGAUCUCGCCAUGUUCCCGUAUCCCGGUCGCGAUUGGCCACGGAUUCAACGAACAACCCCGCCGAUUCGUCGAAUCGAGCCACGCCUCGCGAUGCUGCUGCCCGGACCACCUCUUUCGUCGGCAAGUAGUCUCUCCGGGAGUAGUUGUGUACAGCUGCAACAAAGGCCACCCCGAUAGACGACGGCCGGCUAGUCCUCGUUGACACGACGCACGCUCAAGAGCUUCGACGGGGAAGAUUCCAUCUGACGCCUGAGAAAGUGAAUGAACGAGGACGAGGUCGAAUGUCAUUCGAGGGAUCGGAGGGUAUAUUUCCCCCCUGUCGCUUUUCCCUGGUCUAAGUAGGCGAUCACAGUGGAAGCGGAACAGUCGAGAGGCUCCGUAUUUAAGGCAUUCGGAUUUUAGGCGAUAAUCCGAAGUCGGCAAACAAUAUCAAAGAAACGUAUCAUUCCUCAAGAUUAGAAGACUAGGUUUGGCGAUGAAUGUCUUGGCGAAUUUCGGUGAACAAACAUCCAUCGUUGACUGAUGCUAGAAGAGACGAGUCAGUAUCGUCGAUGAAAAAUGUUAAUGAGAGUGCCAUGAUUUGUGAAGAGGUGAUAAGUGACGACGGGGAUUCGUUAUGAAGUUUAGCUCUGUGCAUUAAAUGAACCAACACAUCGGAGUGGAUGCGUUUAUGAGACCUAAUUUAAUUUCGCGGGCAUGAUCUCGUCAACCGAUUGAUGCGGUCUAAACAUUCCAAGACAAUCUCGCGGAAACAAAGGUUUCAAAUUUCUGCACGCUUUUCUAAAUCUGAUAUCUUUUCUCUUAGUUUUAUAAACAUUAUUGAAACUCUGAUGAAUCCCUCUUCUCUCUCAAGCGGUGCGCGAUGUUAUUCGAGAUGCACUUUACGGUGAAGAACACGUGUGCUAAAAAGUUUGAUCGCGCGAUCAUCCAGCUGUAGUGCAUCUGCAGAAUUCGCGGGAUUCUUAACCGGCGAGAGGGUGGUCCAGCUCGAAGCAAUCUCUGCGAGGAGUCCUGCGUACGAGUCCCCGACGAUGGAUUCUCAGCAGUUGGUUGACACGGCUUCUCAAAACAGUCAGGACAUCGUUUUACCAAAACCGGCCAGUAGCACCCCGAGACACAGCAUCGAUGCGAUUCUUGGAUUGGCCAGUCAUAAAAGAACUCAUCAGGAGAUGGAGGACACAAAUCGCGACACGCAGGAAAAUACUGGUGAGAACAGCUGCAACUCCACCGGCGGCGGCAGCGACGAGGAACUCGGCGCAGGCUGCGGGGAGGACAUAAACGGCAAUGGGGGCAAGAAGAAGCAUCGUCGUAACCGGACGACCUUCACGACCUAUCAGUUGCAUGAGCUCGAGAGAGCGUUCGAAAAGUCCCACUACCCGGACGUCUACUCCAGGGAAGAGCUUGCCAUGAAGGUCAACCUCCCGGAAGUACGUGUUCAGGUCUGGUUUCAGAAUAGACGAGCCAAGUGGCGCAGACAGGAAAAAAUGGAAGCUGCGAGACUGGGUUUGAGCGAGUAUCAUCAUGCUGCUAAUAUGAGGAAUGUCGCCGGUCCGGCUUUAGGUCUGCCAGGAGAUCCUUGGCUCGCGCCGCCAGGAUUGCUCAGCGCGCUUCCCGGUUUCCUCGCUGCGCCUCACACAGGAUAUCCCAGUUAUCUAACGUCACCCAGGCGAUUGCCGUCACCGCCAAAUGUAGGUGCCGUGACCAAUCCCGUUCCAGGAAUUGCACUGUUUGCAGGAUCGCUGGCCGGCAGCAUGGCGAGCAUAAGCGCCGGCGGCCACGUUCAACCACCACCGCCGAGUCCGCCAGGACACGAUCCUCGCACAUCGAGCAUCCAGGCGCUCAGGAUGCGAGCCAAGGAGCACGUCGAGAGCAUCACCAAAGGCCUGCAGAUGGUUUGAAGGUUAACCGAAGAUUUGCCAGGGGCGCGCAUCGCUGCCGGCCUCGUGAUCGCGUGACGAGCAAGCGAGCAACAACCCUUCCAGCCCAGACAUUCCAGACCCCGAGAAGAAUCGCCUGAGCGGUAUGUCGACCGACGAGAGCGAGAGAGCUCGUUCCGUCAUAGGGAAAGAUCACCGACGAAAUGGAGCUGGACGUGACGUGAAAGUACAAGAGAUCUCGCGAGAGAAAACCUAUCGUUCUAUUGAAAAAGAUUUUGUUCCCGGUAUCGAUAGUUACCGAAGGAAAAAUCUGACAUUCAUUCUGGUGAGCAUUUUAGAUCAUCAAAGAGACAAAUCUUGCAAUAAUCGAUGAUCGGCGUUUAUAGCUAUCUUUGAUAAUUAUAGAGACUAUCAGUGUUAUAAGAUUGACAGACAUCUAUCAUGAAAUGAGCACGUGUUCAUGAUUGAAAAUGGGCCGAUCAUCAAAUCCUUCGUGAAAUGACUUUAACAGGAGAAAUCAAGAUUUUAUCUGAAAUGUAAAGGAAGCAAAUAAAAAAAGAAAUGCGUGAGCAAAUACAUCUGCAAGAUCAAGCUGUUUUUUAAAAUUAUUUGUGAUGUUUUUGAUAACUUGAACGAAAUAGAGAUGCUAAAAAUAGCCGACCAAUGGGAGAAAAUUCGCGUGAUUAACAUGACAAAAUGAUUUUCGCGCGGAUUAUGUGGAAAAUUUACUCAGGACUCGCUCUAAGUCGGCAUUGUGCAAUAUGCAAAUCAAAUUAUGUUGCGCAAGCUUGACAUGUAUGUAACUGAAAUAAAGAUAAAAAAAGAUCAAUGUUUAUUAUCUUGUCAUUAUCGUUUUCAAUGUAUUUGUUGCAAAAUCUUGUAUGCCGAGUUUCAUUCUAAAUUUGCUUUCAAAGCGCCUGGGGAGAAAAUAUUUUCAGAGAAACAUGA